AGUCUUUUUCUGCGUCUCUCUCAAUCUCUCCCCCCUCAUCUCCUUCUCCUCUAUCUCACGAAACCUCUGCCACAAACCAAAGAAUGAUGAGUUCUUGGAUCGUCGUUGCUUGCAUCGUUUUCGCGUUUGUUCUCGUUAUAAGAAAACGAAGAGAUGCCAGGAACCUUCCUCCCGGGCCAAAGGGUCUUCCCGUCGUCGGAAAUCUGCAUCAAUUGGGAUCGCAACCCCACCGUUCGUUGUUCGAGUUGUCGAAAAAAUACGGCCCUCUCAUGUAUCUAAAGCUCGGAAACGUGCCCACGGUCGUGGCAUCGACGCCGGAGACCGCGAGAGAAAUCUUGAAAACGUGCGACGUGGACUGUUGUUCUCGGCCUUAUCUCGCUUGCCCCGAGAAGCUCUCCUACGACUUCAACGAUCUCACGUUUUCCCCUUACAACGAAUAUUGGCGAGAGCUGCGAAAGAUGAGUAUGCUCGAACUCUAUAGCUCGAAAAGGGUUCAGUCGUUUCGGCAUGUAAGAGAGGAAGAGGUCAACUCGUUCAUCGGCUUUGUCGAGCAAUCGGGUUUGUCCGGAACUCCGGUUAACCUGAACCGGAAGUUAAUGAGUCUCUCAGCGGGUGUGAUGUGUCGGGUCGGGUUCGGGAUGAACCUUAGAGGGAGCAAACUCGAGGAGAAGUACGGAGAAAUCAUUGUCGAAGCCAUGCAAGUGAUGGGGAGCUUUGCGGCUGCAGAUUUCUUCCCGUAUCUCGGUAGGAUCGUGGAUAUUUUUACGGGAUUACGCGGAAGAUGCGGGAAGGUUUCUCGUGAACUCGACGAGUUUUACGAACAAGCGAUCAAACACCAUCAACAACACGAGAACAAUUUCAUCGGCUUGCUUCUCAAGAUGGAGAGAGGAGAACUCGACCUUGGUAAGUUCCGGCUCACGAGAAACCACAUCAAAGGAAUCCUUAUGAAUGUUCUUCUAGCUGGGGUGGACACUUCGGCUCAAGUCGUGGCAUGGACGAUGACACAUUUGAUAAAGAACCCCAGAGUUAUGAAGAAGGUACAAACCGAACUCAGAGAACGCAUCAAGGACAAGGACAACAUCACCGAAGAGGACAUGAGGGAUCUCGAUUAUUUGAAAAUGGUGAUCAAAGAGACGUUCAGAAUCAAUCCCGUCGUGCUCCUUCUAGCCCCACGAGAAACGAUGAACGAUGUCAAGAUCAACGGAUACCACAUACCGAAGAAAACCCGGAUCCAAGUGAACAUAUGGGCGAUCCAUCGCAAUCCCGAGAUAUGGAAAGAUCCAGAAUGUUUCAUCCCGGAAAGAUUUGCGGAUGUCGAUAUGGACUACAAAGGUCAGAACUUCGAGCUGCUGCCCUUUGGGAGUGGGAGGAGGAUAUGCCCCGGAAUAGGGAUGGGUAUGGCUUUGGUACACUUGGCUCUUAUGAACCUUCUUUACCGAUUCGACUGGAAGCUUCCGGAAGGAACGAAGAUCGAAGACGUGGACGUAGAGGAAAUCUAUGGCCUUACAGCUCUUAAGAAGGAACCACUUCAACUUGUCCCCAUCGUAACUCAGUGGACAUGAUUCGAUCUGUCGUGAAAUAGAUUGCAACUGUGUGUUUUAUUACAGGGCUUUCAUUACUGUUCUUUUGAAGUUCUGCGGAAGUGAAAACGAUGAUCUUUGUACCGAUUCUUGAAUAAACUAUAUCAAAUCUGGUGGAUUC